CUCAUGCUUAGCUCUACAUGUUAUUGUUUGUGUUGCAGGACACAGCCGAGGACAUUCGGUCCAUCGACAGCUGCGAGUACAUCUGGGAGGCCGGGGUGGGCUUCGCCCAUUCGCCUCCUCUCAACUACACCCACGACAUCCACAGGACCGAGCUGCUGAAGCUCCUCCUCACCUGUCUCUCUGAGGCCAUGUACCUUCCUCCGUCCUCUGACAGCAGGAACCUCAAUCCCUGGGUCUCCUUUUUCUGCUCCACAGAAAACAGACACGCCCUGCCUCUGUUCACCUCCCUGCUCAACGUGGUGUGUGCCUACGACCCGGUCGGGUACGGCAUCCCGUACAACCACCUGCUGUUCUCGGACUCCCGGGAGCAGCUGGUGGAGCAGGCGCUCCAGAUCCUUAUCGUCACCCUGGAGCACGAGGCCGGCUCGGCGGCCAGCGCCGCCCUCCAGGCCCUGGACGCCUCUGCACCGCCCUCCGCCGGGGACCAGCAGGAGCCAGCUGGACCUGACAACCUCUUUGUGAAUUAUCUCUCCAGGAUACACAGAGAAGAGGACUUGGGUUUCAUCCUGAGAGGUCUGGCUCGGCUGAUGAACAACCCUCUGGUCCAGACCUACCUGCCUCACUCCAGCAAGAAGAUCCAGUUCCACCAGGAGCUGCUGAUCCUCUUCUGGAAGUUCUGUGACUUCAACAAGAAGUUCCUGUUCUUCGUGCUGAAGAGCAGCGACGUGUUGGACGUGCUGGUUCCCAUCCUCUUCAGCCUGAACGAAGCCAGAGCAGAUCAGUCUCGAGUGGGCCUCAUGCACAUCGGCGUGUUCAUCCUCCUGCUGCUGAGUGGCGAGAGGAACUUUGGAGUCCGUCUGAACAAGCCGUACGCUCUCCGCGUCCCGAUGGACAUCCCUGUCUUCACAGGGACCCACGCUGACCUGCUCAUCGUGAUCUUCCACAAGAUCAUGACCAGCGGACACCAGCGCCUGCAGCCUCUGUUCGACUGCCUGCUCACAAUCAUAGUCAACAUUUCACCGUACCUGAAGAGUCUGUCCAUGGUGGCGGCCAACAAGCUGCUCCACCUCCUGGAGGCCUUCUCCAACCCCUGGUUCCUCUUGUCCUCCCCCCAGAACCACCACCUGGUCUUCUUCCUGCUGGAGGUCUUCAACAACAUCAUCCAGUAUCAGUUUGACGGCAACUGCAACCUCGUGUACGCCAUCAUCCGAAAGCGCAACGUUUUCCACCAGCUGGCCAACCUUCCCACCGACCCGGCGUCUAUUCAGAGGGUGCUGCAGAAGAAGAAGUCCGGGAUUUCCCGGAGCAUCUCUACGGAGACAGUUUCCACGGAGUUGUCUAGAUCUGCCGUACCUGCCGAGCCCGGCACGAUCAAAGCCAGCUUAGAGGCCACUCCAGUUCUUCUCUUGCGUCCUUUAGGAAUCAACAAGAUAACGGAGAAGUCCCAGGUGAGUGUGGACGGCACCAUGGUUACCGUCCCUCACUCCGACUUUCCGCAGACGUCCCCCGACAACGGCGCCGGGGCCAGCGACACGGAGUCCAACUCGGAGCGAGACCUCGAGAUCUCCCGCACGGAGUCCGAAGCGGCGAGGAGUCGGAUGUCGAGUGUGUCGUCCUCGGCGGCGUCCUGGAGCGCUAACACAGACUGGGUGUCGUCGUGGAAGGUGAAACUCCCUCUGCAGACCAUCAUGAGACUGUUACAAGUUCUGGUCCCUCAGGUGGAGAAGAUCUGCAUCGACAAGGGGUUGACGGACGAGUCCGAAAUCCUGAAGUUCCUCCAGCACGGCACGCUGGUCGGCCUGCUGCCCGUCCCCCAUCCCAUCCUCAUCAGGAAGUACCAGGCCAACGCCGGCACGGCCAUGUGGUUCCGCACCUACAUGUGGGGGGUCAUCUACUUACGCAACGUGGAUCCUCCAAUCUGGUACGACACGGACAUCCGUCUCUUUGAGAUCCAGAGGGUUUAGAGCGGCUGGCUGUGGACGGCGUCCAGAUGACACGCUCGCCAACGGCGAGGGGCUCGGCCGGCUGCAGCGUCCUCGCAGCGCCACGCUCUCUCCGGGGUUAUGUCACGAAAACACGCCGACCGUCGUCCUGUACUCCUCUCUUCCUCUCGACGUUCAGAGUUCAGAGAGGAAGAAGAAGAAAGCCUAAAUGUGUCAAAGCGUCAGUUACUGUGUAUCACAUACAGUGUGUACAAUGAGCAAUGCCAUAUGGUCAUUAAACGUGACUCAACCGUGAA